CUGUGGAAAUCCCCCUCAUUGGAGUUGUGCUUACAGACAGGAACACAGCUUCCUUCCACAGACAAGUGUUGAGUAUGGUGUGUUUGUGAUCUGCCAGUGAAGAAGGUUUCUCUUUUGAUCUGUGGAUGUGGAACAACAAACUUUAAACAUGAGCAGUCUAAAGUGUCCUGGCUGUCAGCAGUCUGAUUUCAGAAAGUUGGAUGGACAGAAAGCAGUCUGCAGACCUUGUUCUAAAGCAAAGAGGUGCGUGUUUCAGUUCUGCUGGGCGUGUCAGAGGGAGUGGCCAUGCAACGCUUCAGCCACCAACUCCUGCGGGCUGCCGAACUGUGCUCUCCGUGCUGCCCUCCUCAGCGUCAAACAGAUCAGUGACCCGCAAAGCUCAGUGGAUGGAUGCCCAUACUUCAGGGCCUGUCCGGGAUGCCAGGCCCUAGUAACACACAGUGGUGAGGGCUGCCCUUACAUUAUUUGUCCCAACUGCGAAGAUGAGUUCUGCUUCCGCUGCCUCCGUCCACAGUGCUACGAAGAUGGAUAUGAUGAUGAAUAUGAUGAAGAUGAUGAUAAUGAUGAUGAUGAUGAUCUUGAGAUAGGGCCCUGUGUGAUAGUGGAUAAUGCUGAGAUCAUUAAUCGCAUGGGACUCUAGUAGAUGAGCAUAAACAAUUAAAAAUAACUUUAGAAUAA